AUGGACAUUCGGCAGUAUGUCAAGAUCAAAAAGAUCCCUGGUGGACAACCGCAAGAUUGCGAACUUAUCAGCGGCCGUGUUACCUCGAAGACGGCUCCACACAAGAAGAUGCUUCGCGACAUUACGAACCCGCGCAUCUUGCUCCUGAGCUUUGCCCUUGAGUACGAACGACCAACCGCCGGACAUCUCUCUUUGGAUCCGGUGCUUGCGAACGAAAGAGACUACAUCGAGCAACUCGUAUCCUGUAUUGCCGAACUUGAGCCCAGCAUCGUUUUGGUCGAAAGAUCUAUAUCUCGAACAGCGCUCGAGCGCUUUCUGAAGACAAACAUCACAGUUAUUCCCAAUGUAAAGGCAUCGGUGCUUGAGCGGCUGACGAGAUUCACAGGCGCAUCCAUAGUCUCCUCUCCGGCCAAGCUGAAGGACUGUACCUCAGCCAGCUUGGGUUCGUGUGGUCGCAUUUCCUUCAAGACUUUUGUCCACCCGGAUCUUCCUUGCGGCAAGAAAUCGUUUAUGUACUUUGAGGGAUGCCCGAAGGAUCUUGGAUGCACCGUUGUCCUUCGAGGCGAGAACGCGCAUACACUUGGCGUGAUCAAGGAAAUUGUCGGUCUCAUGGUAUACAUUGCCAAUAAUCUCAAGCUUGAGGUUGGCUUGCUUCAAGAUCAAUCCGCCAUGGCCCAAGACGAGGUCCCUAAGACCGUCAAAGAUGGCGACCCAGAGGCAAAGUCUGGUGUUUCUGACGAAACUCCCUUGAGCCGGAUCAUCUCGAUUUAUAACCAAGUGCUGUUAUCAGCCUCACCACAUGUCCGGUUUCCUCCGCCAUACGGGCUCCGUAAGCUACGUGACAACGAGCUCAAAGCUAUUCAAACCCUGAAAAAACAAGGCCAUGAUGUCACAGCGAAUCCUCCUUCGAUUGACCCAAGCAAACUCAAGGAGGCCGUCGGUGGAGAGGAUUUCUCCGACCUGCUCCAAGGCGAUGCCCAAUCGACACCUCUCACGAUUGCCAAUAUCCCAGCUACGACCCUUGAUCCGUUUUCAUACCAGAGCAUCAUGGUACUCUAUUCAAUUGUGUCGAAUGAUGCCACGCUUCCAUGCCACGAGCCCGAGUUCAUCACCUUUGAAUACUACAAGGAUACGGACAUGACCUUGGGCCAGUUUCUCGAGGAGCUCUUUGUCUCUUCGCAUUGCAGAUGUCCGACCAAGCACUGCAAUGAUUUGAUGCUGAUGCACUAUCGCAGCUACACCCAUGGUGAAGGCCGUAUCACCGUUACCAUCGAGGAAGUUGACCCCCCUGAGAUUCCGCCGGCGAGCCAAGGCAUCAGCAUGUGGAGUUUUUGCCAAGUAUGCAAGCAGUCGACGCCGCCCGUCACCAUGUCCAAGGAAACGUGGAAAUACUCAUUUGGCAAAUUUCUCGAGCUCAGCUUUUACCACUCCUCUCUGGUUUGUGACCUUGAUGGAUGCUCUCAUAGUUUGAACCAGCAACACAGUCGCUUUUAUCGCUGGGGCGAUUUAGUGGUGCGGUUUGAAUAUGAUCACAUCGAUAUGUACGAAGUGCUGGUGCCGCCUAUUCACGUGCAACCUGCAACAGAAGAAAGUCGAAAAUUUCUCCAAAACGAAUAUGAGAAGCUCAGAGACCAAGCCAAUCAGUAUUACGACUCGCUCCUCCACCGCGCCAAAGUUAUGAAUUUGGACAUCUUGCCGCCGACUCGUAUCACUGCCUGUCGUGACGAGCUCCAGGAGAUCACCAAACGUAUCGCCGGAGAGCGAAAAUACCUUCUCCAGCUGCUACAGCAAAACUCCCUCAAUCUAGACGAUGCACUUGCCAUCAAUCGAAUCAUCCGACUCUUGCAAGAAAAUGUCCAGAGAUGGGACCUGGAAUUCGUCAACUUUAUGCGCACCCACUACCAAAUCGACGCUCGCGACCUGCGCCGCAUGACCGCAGCCCAAAUCAAAAAGAUCUUCCCCCAGGCUAAUCAGGAAGCAGAUUCUGUGGAGGUCGAGGGGAGAUCGGUGGACGUUGACGGCCCAGGCAAGCUACAUGUAGAGAUGCCGCGGCCGAUGCUGGGUACCACACCAACCACCUUGACUCCGAGUAGCUCCAUGAUACUCAGCCAAUCCAAAUCGGAGCCACCUGUUCCCAUGCUGGACAUUCAUCGCAAGUACUCCAUCCAACUGAUCAAGGAAAUGGACGAUUUGGAUGGACUGUAUCCACACGUAUCUCAGUCGCCCUACGAGCCCAAUCAAGCGCUUCGGACACCUAAACGAGGCGCCGUUGAUGUGGCUUUGAGCGAAGAUGAGCCCGAAAUGGAGGUGCUGCUCGAUCGGCCAAUGCUUCCUUUGGAUGUCAUCUCGCCCAUCGAUCAGCACAAUGUUUCCAGCUCUGAGAUCUUUGCCAUGCAGGAGCUUGAUUUUACCGUGUCCGAAAUAAGCCCAACGAAACUGCCUGUGUUGCAGCCUCAGGACGAAGACCCUUCUGUGGAAGGAUUUGAUCUCUCGCCGGUCCUGGGAAGCCGCCUGGAUGUGUUUAGCCGUGAAGAUGAAAAGGUCGCUGACGAUUAUUUUAGCCCGACAGUUGGGUGGGAGGCCGGGGGCACGCCUCCGAGUACCUUUGAGCAAGAAUUUGGCUCGCACGACAACGAGCAUCCCGCACAUUCCGACGAAAAGCCAGUUUCGAUUAUCAAGACUCUUGCGAAUCUUUGGACUGGAAACGUGGAUCUGCAUCCCCUUUCGUAUCCAUUUACCCCAAGUGAACACAUCUUUAAGGAUUCCAGCGUCGUCGUUCGAGAAGAUGAGCCGAGCUCGAUCAUCUCAUUCACACUGAGCUCCAAGCACUACGAAGAAAAGCUGGGCGCGCUGCUCGCGUCAGACGAUCAAUCCAGCUCAAAGCCCAGCGCCUCCUCGAUCCCCAAUGUCAAGUCACAGGAGUAUCUGCGCUACUCUGCCCCGGCAGAUCAUAUUAACCACGAGAUCGAGACGAUGAUGCUUCGAGGCACUGGCACACACAUGAAGUAUCAGUUUUCGGAUGGACCUACAAAGCUCUUUUGCAAGAUAUUCUUUGUUGAGCAGUUUGACGCCCUCCGGCGCCACUGUGGAUUUGACAAGGCCUAUAUCGAGUCACUGUCUCGCUGUUUUCGGUGGAACGCUACCGGUGGCAAAUCAGGCUCUACGUUUCUCAAGACAUGCGACGACCGACUUAUCCUGAAGCAACUCUCGAAGCCAGAGAUGGACGCACUGAUCAAGUUUGCACCCUCUUAUUUUGAGUACAUGUCCAAAGUGUUUUUUCAUGGGCUUCCCACCGUCCUGACAAAGAUAUUCGGAGUAUAUCGCAUCGGGUUCAAAAACUCACUUGGCGGGAAGAGCCUCAAAAUGGACUUGCUCGUGAUGGAAAAUCUGUGGUAUGGACGCAACAUCUCGCGGAUCUUUGAUCUGAAGGGCUCCAUGCGAAAUCGCCACGUCCAUGUUGACGCCCAGUCUUCGGACCACAAGAAUGUGGUGCUCCUGGAUGAAAAUCUCGUUCAAUUCAUCAACGAGUCCCCGUUGUUUAUCCGAAGCCACUCGAAAAUAUUGUUGAGUGACUCUGUUUUCAACGACACUCUUUUCUUAUAUCGCCUGACGGUGAUGGACUACUCACUUCUUGUUGGGAUCGAUGAUGACCGCCAUGAGCUGGUGGUGGGGAUCGUUGAUUUUGCCAGAACCUUCACCUGGGACAAGCAGCUUGAGAGCUGGGUCAAGGAAACAGCGUUUUUGGGCGGUGGGCGCGAAACGCCAACAAUCGUCUCGCCCAGGGUCUACAAGCAGCGGUUUCGCAUGGCAAUGGACCGCUAUUUCCUCAUGGUCCCAGACAAAUUCACCGAGCUCAGCUUUGAUACCAGCCAAGGGGACUCGCCGUAA